UUCUGGCUUCUUUCACUUAGCAUAGUCAUUUCAGUGCUCAUCCAUGUCAGAGCAUAAAUUAGUACUUCAUUUCUAAUGAUGGCUGAAUAACAUUACAUUGUACGGAUAUAGCACACUUUGUUAAUUCAUCAGUUGAUGGUCAUUUCAUUUGUUUCCACUUUUUGGCUAUUAUGAAUAGUGCUGCUAGAAAUAUUCGGGCACGAGUUUUUGUGUGAAUGUGUGUUCUCAUUUCUCUUGGGUAUAUAUAUCCAGGAGUAGAAUUAUUAGAUUAAAUGGUAACUGUAUAUUUAAUAUUUGAGGAACUGUCAGACCAUUUUUCCAAUAUGGCUUUCCAUUUUAUUUGCCCAAACAUGGAAAUCUAGCCAUUUUUCAAGUGCAGCUGCCUACCUUUACUUUGGGUAAAUUUCUGUAUUAAUAUUUUUUCACUGUCUUAGUUAUCAAAUUCUGUUGCAUAUAAAUCUGGUUUUUUUAAUAUAUGUAAAGUUUUUAGGUAGAAUGUUAAUUUAGUGGUGGUCCCCAAAGUGGAGGGUAUUUACCUUUAAGUGUAAGAUGAUUCAUUGGAAAGAAAGAACAAAAUUCUAUUUUUACAUAUGCUGUAUGUAUCCUAAUGUAUUAGCAUAGCUGUACACAUGUAAGGUGUAUAAAUUAAUAUUCUUAUAUUAGAUCUGUGUGGUGCAAAGUUUUUUAAUACAAGUAUGAAUAAUAAUAAAAUUUUAUGAACAAUUGUCCAGAGGCAUGAAAUCAAAUAUACCUAUGUAGGUCUUAAUCCUAUAUUUUAUGACAUGUCUGGUGGGAAAGUUCUUAAAAUUACUUUGCUAAUGAAAUUGAAAAUAGCCUGCUAAUUUCAGCCCACACGGAACGUGUGAAAUACCAGUGGAAACAGCUUUGGAUCAGGUUCAGACUUUGGUUUUUGUCCUACUUCUGCUAAUUACUAAUGGUGAGACUUUGGGUAAGUCCCCUAAUGGUCUCCAUUUCAUUUCUCAACUUGGCAUAAUAACACCUGAAAUUUUGCAAAUUAUGACUUUGCAGAAUGAGACUGGGAAGGGCGUCAUAUGCAGCGACCAGAGGGAGUUAGUCAUUUGGGUGUUUUGGGCAACCCUGCAGUUCUUUUAGGUGAAAUAUUCAAUUUUCCGUGAACUUUGCCUUCCCCUUCUUACUUACCCAUUUCUCUUGAUUGCUUUCUGUCCUUCUGUUGUGUUCUUCUGACAGCAAACCUUCAAAAUUAAUGGUCAUUACCAAAGGCUAAAUCAGCUGGAGUGGAGUCCUUUGUGAUACCACCCAGCCAGGGAAACAGUAUAGCACUGUUUCCUUUCUGCUGCUUUUAUUACAACAUAGUAUAGAGUAUAUAGAUGAAAUAAGAAAAUUGCAGUUUACUGCAAUUCCUGGACACUGUUUUGGAAGCUGUUGAGUUAAAUUAUUGGGCAUCUUGAUGGUUUCUAUUUGAUAUGUGAUAGUUUUAGGCUCUGUUAUUCUCUUUGGGAUGUGAAUCUUUGCCUAACGUCAAAGCAUGAAGAGAAGUAGAUCCUGAGAAAGAAGGGAAGAAGUUCUGGGGAACUGUGGUAACCAAACAGCUCUCAUGCUACAGUUGAAGAUUUAUUCAUGCUCUACUCAGUAUUUGUUUAUUACUGGCUGUGCUUAGUAAUGUACUAUAAAAUUGAUAAAAAUGAAUUUUACUUUUCACUCUAGACUCUUAUUUAUUUGUGAUUUCUAUUCUCUAGUAUCCUUUAUUCUAAGGAAGUGGUUGAUGAACAUUUAGGUCAUGAUUUCUAAUUUCUUCUAAAGGGUGACAUCCAUUCUUGACUUCCUUUCUUGGGUGACAAGGAAAUAAACAACAUAACCAUAUCUAGGUAUCGUUUGAUAAUUUGUUCAUGAUUUCAUUCAUAAGUGCAAAGAAUAUAUUUAUCGAACACCUAUUAUUGCCACUGGUCUGGGUUCUGGGGACAAAGCAGUGUCCAAAAUACGUUAUUUUAAAAAGUGCCCUCGGCCGCCUGCGGUGGCUCAUACCUGUAAUCCCAGCACUUUGGGAGGCCGAGGUGGGUGGAUCACCUGAGAUCAGGAGUUCGAGACCAGCCUGGCCAACAUGGUGAAACCCUGUCUCUACAAAAUACUAAAAAUUAGCCAGGCAUGGUGGCGGGCACCUGUAAUCCCAGCUACUUGGGAGACUGAGGCAGGAGAAUUGCUUGAACUUGGGAGGCAGAGGUCACAGUGAGCCGAGAUUGUGCCUGGGCAACAAGAUGGAAACUCUGUCUCAAAAAAAUAAAUAAAUAAAAAUAAAAGGGCCCUCCUAGAUUUAACAUUCUGGGGGGUACUAGUCAUUGAGGUUAGAUACAAUGAGAUUUGUGCUAAAGAGAGAAAUAGAGCUAAAGAGAGGGAUAGGAGCUGUUUGGGAGGGGCAAUUACCAGUUUUUAUAGGGUGACCAAGGAAGCAUUACUGACAAGGUAAGAUUUAAGAUGUGUCUUUACUCUGUUGCCCCCAGUUGUGUAUUCAAUAGGCAGUUAGUAUUGGGGCAUAGAAAAUCCUAAAACCUAAAUCUGAUGUACUUUUGCCUAUUCAUGAAAUAACUUGAAGACUGUUAUACAUAGUGGGAGCUAAAGCUGCUCUGCCCUCCAAGUGCUGGCUGCUUAUGAUCUGAAAGACUUCUGUGAGGUCACCGUAGGCGUCAUGGUGGCACUGAGGCAUCUAUCCCUCCUGCAGAAGUUGCAUCUUUGCUGUUAAUACUGUGUCUCUGUUGGCUCUAGUGAUGCAAUCAUUCUCGAUGGGGCCACUGACUCUGAUGUCACAAUGACUUGGCUGGAGGAGUCCUGAAGUCUCUUGUUUGUCCAGGGCCUUUGCUGCAGCUUAUAUGUUCACUAGUAAUCUGGCCUGUGCUUACCUUUUAAUCCCAGCUGGAAAAUCUCAGUAAGAAUGAUGAAUAGCUCUCCAGACCCCCAGCUGGCCAUGUGGUGAGUUCAGGGCCCAAAUCUAGUAGCACCAGCAACCAGGGAACUCCUAUCUGUUUUGAAUGGAUUCACACCAGUCACAAGCCUGGAAAGAUGGUGUCAUAGUCUACAGUCAGGCAGGAUUCUCCUGUGGAGCCCUGGGAAGGGAUCAGCGAUCACUCUGGCAUUAUUGAUGGUUCACCCAGACUCCUGAACACUGACCAUCCUCCUUGCCAAUUAGACAUCAGGCUCAUGAGGCACAAAGCUGUCUGGAUUAACCCCCAGGAUGUGCAGCAACAGCCGCAGGACUUGCAAUCUCAGGUGCCAGCAGCAGGGAACAGUGGGACCCAUUUUGUGACAGAUGCUGCCUCUCCCUCAGGCCCUUCACCUUCGUGCCUCGGGGACUCCCUGGCAGAGACAGCGUCGUCUGAGGAUACCACAGACUCCGUUGGCAGCGCUUCUCCCCAUGGCUCGAGUGAAAAGAGUAGCAGCUUCUCUCUGUCCUCAACAGAGGUACACAUGGUCCGCCCAGGAUACUCUCAUCGGGUGUCUCUGCCCACAAGCCCUAGGAUUUUGGCCACCUCCCCAUAUCCUGAGACUGACAGUGCUUUUUUUGAGCCUUCCCAUCUGACAUCUUCUGCUGAUGAAGGUGCUGUUCAAGUCAGUAGAAGAACCAUUUCUUUGAAUUCCUUCUCACCAGAGGUAUUUGUGCUGCCUGUUGAUGUAGAAAAGGAAAAUGCCCACUUUUAUGUUGCAGAUAUGAUUAUAUCAGCAAUGGAGAAAAUGAAGUGUAACAUUCUGAGUCAACAGCAGACAGAGAGCUGGAGUAAAGAAGAAGUCAGUGGGUUACUUGGGAGUGAUCAGCCUGACUCUGAAAUGACUUUUGAUACCAACAUAAAGCAAGAGUCUGUGUCUUCUACUUCUUCAUACAGUGGCUAUGAAGGUUGUGCUGUGUUACAGGUCAGCCCAGUGACUGAAACACGUACUUACCAUGAUGUGAAAGAGAUUUGCAAAUGCGAUGUUGAUGAAUUUGUUAUUUUAGAGCUUGGAGAUUUUAAUGAUAUCACAGAAACCUGUAGCUGUUCCUGCAGCUCCUCUAGGAGUGUCACUUAUGAGCCAGACUUCAAUUCUGCAGAACUAUUAGCCAAAGAGCUGUUCCGCGUGUUCCAGAAGUGCUGGAUACUGUCAGUAGUUAAUUCUCAGCUGGCAGGUUCCCUGAGUGCAGCUGGCUCGAUUGUCGUAAAUGAAGAGCGUGUCCGAAAAGACUUUGAAUCCAGUAUGAAUGUAGUACAGGAAAUUAAAUUUAAGUCUAGGAUCAGAGGGACUGAAGACUGGGCUCCUCCUAGAUUUCAAAUCAUAUUUAAUAUUCAUCCACCACUCAAGAGGGACCUUGUGGUGGCAGCCCAGAAUUUUUUCUGUGCCGGCUGUGGAACUCCAGUGGAGCCUAGUAAGUACGGAUAAUGGAUCACCUGCUUAUUAUGUGAUGACAAGGUCCAGAAUAGCAAAGUAGGGCAGCGCAUUGCUUGUGUGAGAGAUGCCUUUGAUGAGAAGUUGUUAUAAGAGCUUCAGAGAAGUUGCCCUCUUUUUCAUGAGGAGUCCAUCAUGACUGACAAGGCUGUGUGACCAACUAGGACCGAGGACACCAGGACCAGCCUCCUAGUUCUCUCCCUGUUGGGCAUCAGCUCCAGCCACGUGGCCUCCUGCUGCCCCUUGAAAAUGUCAGGCUCACUUCCGACAUAUUUGCGUUUGUGGUUUUCUCUCCCCCAAAUGCUCUCUCUGCAGACACCCCCGUGACUAAUUCCUUUGCUUCUUUCACAUUUUCACUCCAAAGUCACGAGGUCUUCCCUUGCUGCCCUAUCUAAAAUACCUGUCUUGCCCCACUGCUGGCCACAGACAAUCCGAUGAACGCUUUAUAUUACCCAUCCUUAUUUUUUUUCUUUAUUUUCUUGCACAAUAUUUUCUUAGAAGUUCCUUCUUAUUUUGUAUUCUUAGCACAGUCUUUCUAAAAUAGUGUCUUAUAUUUUACUAAUAUGUCUUAUUAUUAUCUGUCUUCAACACUAGAUUAUAAGUUCUGUGAGGCCACAUGUGUUGUCUGUUAUAUUUAUUACUUUAUUCCCAGCUUCUAGAAGAGUGCCUGGCACAUAGUAGGUCUUCAAAAGAUAUUUGUUGAGUAAAGGAAUGGCUUAACAAGGAGCUAGCCAAACUUCUCUGAGAGUUUGAGGAGGUAGCCUGAGAGGAUCAUUCCUGGGCCAACUGAGGCCUAGAAGAUUAGGCUUUCCUGGGCCAGGCACCGUGUCUCCCACCUGUAAUCCCGGCACUUUGGGAGGCUGAGGUGGGUGGAUCACCUGAGGUCAGGAGUUUGAGACCAGCCUGGCCAACAUGGUGAAACCACAUCUCUACUCAAAAUACAAAAAAAUUAGCCAGGCAUGGGUGGCAGGCUCCUGUAAUCCCAGCUACUCGGGAGGCUGAGACAGGAAAAUUCCUUGAAACCAGGAGGCAGAGGUUGCAGUGAGCCGAGAUCACACUAUUGUACUCCAGCCUGCAUGACAAAGUGAGACUCCGUCUCAAAAAAAAAAAAAAAAAACCUCGGGC